AAGUGCUUCUCCGCGCGCGCUCUCUCCAUCGCGCCGCUGCCGCUGGUGCGCGCGGGUCCCGGUGAGUGACGCACAGGUCUCGCUCUCUCUCCUCGCGCCGCCGGCGCUCAUACAAAAGCGCGCGUGCGGGACCGCGGUGAUGCGCCGCGCGCGGGACCGAGAGCCAGCUGCGCGCGAGCGUCCUAGAACACGUCCGUUACAGAGCGAGGCUGAGAUUAGAGCACAGCGCAGGUCAGUGUAGCAUGUGGUUCUGGACGCAGCCAGACUGACCACAUGGAGACCAACAGCACGGCUUCGGCGCCGGGAAACUGGUCCGCUUCCAGUUCCGGUUCCAGCUUCGGUUUCGGCGAGGUUCUGACGUCUCUCCUCCUCGGCGCGCUGAUCCUGAUGUCCAUCGUGGGUAACGCGUGCGUGAUCGCGGCCAUCGUGCUCGAGCGCUCCCUGCAGACCAUCAACAACUACCUGAUCGGCUCGCUGGCCGUGGCCGACCUGCUGGUGUCGGUUCUGGUGCUGCCCAUGGCGGCGCUGUACCAGGUUCUGCAGCGCUGGACUCUGGGCCAGGGGGCCUGCGACCUGUUCAUCGCCCUGGACGUGCUGUGCUGCACAUCGUCCAUCCUGCACCUGUGCGCCAUCGCUCUGGACCGCUACUGGGCCAUCACUGACCCGGUGGGCUACAUGACUCGCAGGACGCUGUGCCGUGCCGCCGUGCUGAUCAGCCUGACCUGGCUGAUCGGGUUCUCCAUCUCCAUCCCGCCGGUGCUGGGCUGGAGGACGCCGGAGGACCGCGCCAACCCGCUGGAGUGCACCAUCAGCCAGGACCCAGCCUACACCAUCUUCUCCACCUUCGGGGCGUUCUACAUCCCGCUGGCACUCAUGCUGGUUCUGUACGGCCGGAUAUUCCGGGCGGCCCGGUUCCGCAUUCGCCGGGGCGCCAAGAAGUCCACCGACAGGAUGAAGAUGAAGAAGCAGAAGGAGGAGAAGUCUAGCGCCCCCUUGCUGCCAGUAAAUGGAGUCCCGUGCACCAACAGGACUGGGACGGGCACUAAAAAGGGCAGCAGGUUGGGCACCAGGCUGAGGCUGAAGAUGAAGAGGGACGAGAAGGAGGGGUCUCGUACACAUCUGUGUGUCGCUGUGUCGCCGGUGAACACAGUGGCAUGCACUUCAGAGGCGGGCACCAGGGUGGGCUCUCCAGAGGGCAAUAGAGAGAGCACUCUGGGGGACACCAGGGUGGGUAGCCCAGUGGUCACCAGGGUGAGCACUCCAGAUGGAUCCAGCUCUGGCACUCCAGAGUGCACAAGAAUAGGCACUCCAAAGGGCACCAGUGUGGGCACUCCAGAGGGCACUGAGACUGACUCCGAGCCAAAGAUGAAGACUGAGGAUUCUCGCACACAGCUGUGCUUCGCUGUGUCUCCGGUGAAUGGACCCUCAUGUGCCAACGGACCUGGGCCCGACACCGAACUCUUGCCUGGCUCAGGAGGGCGCGGAGCGUCCAAGCUCCACCUGCCACUGCCCAACCAGCCUCAAACUGAGGGUGGAGGCGGAGGUUGUGGUGAUGCCAAGCGGAGGGCACUGGCUCGGGAGAGGCGGACGGUGAAGACGCUGGGCAUCAUCAUGGGCACCUUCAUCCUGUGCUGGUUGCCCUUCUUCAUCGUGGCGCUGGUGCUGCCCUUCUGUGGGUCCAGCUGCUCCAUGCCCGCCUGGCUGGGCGCCGUCAUUAACUGGCUGGGUUACGCCAACUCCCUCCUGAACCCCAUCAUUUACGCCUACUUCAACAGAGACUUCCAGAACGCCUUCAGGAAAAUGCUCAGGUGCAGGUUCAGCAGACAGUGACCGAUCAGACGUAUUGAUUAAUCUGAAGGAACAGAUUAAUCACGGUCACUGAUUAAUCUAGAUUAAUGAUUAGUCAUAGCUCUUGAUUAAUCUGAAGGAACAGAUUAAUCACGGUCACUGAUUAAUCUGAAGAGACAGAUUAAUCACGGUCACUGAUUAAUCUGGAUUAAUGAUUAGUCAUAGCUCUUGAUUAAUCUGAAGAGACAGAUUAAUCACGGUCACUGAUUAAUCUGGAUUAAUGAUUAGUCAUAGUUCUUAAUUAAUCUGAAGAGCUAAUCACGGUCACUGAUUAAUCUGGAUUAAUGAUUAGUCAUAACUCUUCUUGAUUAAUCUGAAGAGACAGAUUAAUCACGGUCACUGAUUAAUCUGGAUUAAUGAUUACUCAUAGUUCUUAAUUAAUCUGAAGAGCUAAUUACGGUCACUGAUUAAUCUGGAUUAACGACUAGUCAUAGUUUUUGAUUAAUCUAAGGUUAUUGGCUAAUCAGAGUUAUCACUUAAUCUAAGGAAGGUCAUUGAUCAAUCAGAAUUUUAAAGUAAUCAGACAUUAAUUAAUCUGGGGUUAUUAGUUACUGGGAGUUAUUGAUUAAUCUGAGGUUAUUAGUUACUGGGAGUUAUUGAUUAAGCUGGUAUUAUUCAUUAUCGGCUAAUCAGAGUUAUUGCUUAAUCUAAGGAAGGUCAUUGAUUAAUCUGAGAUUAGUUAAUAGGAGUUAUUGAUUAAUCUGGGGUUACUGAUUAGCACAGUUUUCAAUCAAGCAGAACUAUCGCAGUUGAUGAUUAAUCUGGGAAAUCGAUUAAUCUGAGUUGAUUAGUUGAUCAGUUAUUGAUUGGUUUGAAGUUGCAGGUUAAUCAUAGUGACCAAUUAACCUGAAUUAUUGGUUAAUCACAGUUCUUGAUUAAUCUGAGGUUAUCAGAUAAUCUGUUAUUGCUUAAUCUAAGGAAGGUUACUGAUGAAUCAGAGCUGUAAAUUAAUCCGUCAUUAAGUAAUCUGAGAUUAUUGAUUAUCAGGGUUUUAAAUCGAGCAGUAUCAUUGAUGAAACUGAGUUGAUAAUUAGUCACAGUUGAUUAAUCAGUGAUUAAUCAGUUAUUAAAGAAUAUUAAAGAGUGAUUAAAAAGUUAUUGAUUAAUCUGAUUGUUGAAGAGACUAAUUUCAGAUUAUCACACAAUCUGAGAUUGUUAGUGAGAGAUGUUACUGAUUAUCAUAAUUUUUGAUUAAUCAAAAUUAUUGAUCAGUCUGUAUUACUGAUCAAUCUGAGUAGUUGAUUAAUUGAUUACUUUAAGAGGAUCAAUGAUUCUGAGGUAACCAGUUAAUCUCAGGUUAAUUCUCAGAGUUUUUAAUUAUUUGGAAGUUAUUAAAAUGAACAGAGUUAUUGAUUAAUGAGAGGUGAUCAAGUUGUGGAUGAUGAUGAUGAUGAAUCUGGCUGUCUGUGCUGGACUCAGUGAUGGACUGUAAAAGGACUGUAAAGAACUGUGGUCAUUAUCACCCGGCUCCUCUCUCUCGUUAUGGAUCUGAUUGAUCCAUAAUAAACUGUGGGAUUGGUUUACUGUGUCCGGUUUUAGAGCCUGUGGUCAGACGAUGAGGAUUAUGAGGAGUGACUGGGGCGAGAAGGACACACACACGGUCAGAGGCUGACUGGACGCUCUGUGAACUCAUUCGGACGCAGUAAUGGACAGAAAUCUCUGAUCUGAUCCGCUUCAUUGGUUCUGCUUUCUCACUGCUCUGUAUGUGAGGCACUGCUCUCUCUCAGGUCCUGUAGGAGUCAGAGCAGUGGAACAGCUCUGUGAUGGUGAAGGUCAGCAAUGUGGUCAGUCUGAAGAUGAUGAAGUCUGAAAAUAAAUGAACUCAUUCAAACCUCAUUUCCACCCAGUAUCAGUGCCGUUAUUGGGCCUUUACACAGUUAUCUUGGCGCCGUAA